AACUUUUCACAUAGUUAGAGGGUAUGACCGCCAUCUUAGUCUAUGAGAGAGGUGGACCAGUUUGUUUGCAUUUGUUGAUAACGUUCAACAGGUGGUAUUCCAUCUAAUCACACACUGAUUUACACACUACUACAAAUCGGUAACCCUCCCAGACUGGGAAGAUGCGAUUGUGAGCAGAUGCUCUUGGACAGAAUGAAGACGUAUAACUAGAUUCCCAGAUCAACCCUUCGUGUCGUAGCAACAUGGAGGUUGUGGUUGUGGUGGCCAUCAGUAUUCUUGCCACAAUAUUUCUUGCCUCCCUCGCAGCACUAGUAUUUGUAUGCCGGCAGAGAUAUUGUCGCAAAAUGGACCUCAUCACAGCUCAGCACAAGGAUACAAGGCCUGAUGUGCAGCUCAUCACAUCCGACCCGGGGCCACAGACAAUGACUGGCGUGGAACUGGACGAUGUCCAGAUAACCAACCCCAAGAUAGAGGAGAUCCUCAAGGACGAGCGAUGGGUGGACGAUGCCACUGGAUUAGUGCCUCACUGUAUAUCUAUACUGAAAACUUGCCACCAGUUGACAGAGAAAUUGGUUGGCAUGACGAUGGGCAAUGCUCAGAAUAUCCGGACACAGGAAACACUGACAGAUAUUGUUGCCAUUGCCAAAAGAAUCAGCCCUAGAGUUGAUGAGGUGGUGAAAUCCAUGUACCCCCCUCUAGACCCUCGGUUACUUGAGGCCAGAUGCACAGCUCUAGUCCUCUCGGUCAGCCAUCUUGUUUUAAUCACUAAAAAUGCCUGCAAGAUGUCAGGAGUCCUCGACUGGAUUGACCAAUCUCUGGCAGAUGUGGAGGACCACCUUCGGAUAAUGAAAAUCAUGGCGAACAAUGAACCUGGUGUAGGUCCUACGAGAGGCGAGUCUGAACAAUGAGUAUUACAAUCCCCCUCAGACAGACAUCACUAUUACAACGACGCCGGACAUCGAGGUACAGAUGCCGCAGCCAGAGAUCGUCAUGCAAGCAAUAUCGUCCAACAGCUCGUCUCAAGUGUGAACAUGCCAGAUAUUUGUAUGAAAGUGGAUGCAUAUUCUAAGUACUGCUUUAAUCAUGAAAAAUAAUAAAUGGUUGUCUUUGUAAAAGUCCGAAAUGACAUUGUGGUUAGUUGCAGUGUGUAGAUGACUACCAUCCAGAGCAGACCCGUAGUUAGGCAUGGGUAGGACAAGGUUGAUGUUUUUAAGCCCUGCUAUUAGGAUUGUUUUAUUCUGUGACUUUUUUUAUUCUGUUGGCUGUCUUAUUCUGUGACUUUAAUCACUGGUCCUCAGAGCUCCAGAUAAGCUUUUGGUGUUGUGGGUAUUUUACCCAUGCAUUUUAAAAUCAUUGGGUAUCAGUAAUUCUAUCUGGGUAUUCAAAUUUCUGUUACCCACUAGUUUUAUGUGGGUAUU